AUGGGUAGAAUUCCUAAGGAGAUUAAUAAAGGUGCUUGGUCUCGUGAAGAAGAUGAUAUUCUUUCUAAAUAUGUUGCCAUUCAUGGAGAAGGAAAAUGGCAAAAGGUUGCACAAAAUGCCGGUUUAAAGCGAUGUGGAAAAAGUUGUAGACAAAGAUGGUUGAAUUAUCUAAAACCAGGUAUAAAGAGAGGCGACAUCUCUGCAGAUGAAGAGGAUAUGAUCGUAAGGCUUCAUCGUCUUCUUGGUAACAGAUGGUCUUUGAUUGCUAAGAGAUUACCCGGACGAACCGACAAUGAAAUCAAGAAUUAUUGGAAUACGAAUCUAUCAAAGAAGUUACAAAAACAACCUACAUCAUCAUCAUUAUCUGUCUCACUUCAAAACAAUCAUAACAAAUAUGGACAUGUAGCACCAGAAGCUCCAAGGCCAAGGAGAUUGAAGAUUGUUCAUCAUCACAACAAAUUUUUGGAGAAUAGCAAUGGAAGUGAGUGUGAUCAAGAAAGUGAUGAAACCUCAAUCCCCGAUUUCCUCAUCGACAAUGAUCAUCAAGACAAUUUGUUGGCUUGUGAUGAUGAGUCCAAAACCAACUCAGAGAUUCCACAAAUAGAAGAAGAUCACAAGAAGGUAGUUUCAACCAAUAGUACUCAUAACUCAUCAUCACCUUCUGAUCAUUUUCAUCUUUUAUCAGAGAAAUUUGAUCCUCUAGAUACCCUUUUGGAUGUGGAGCUCAAGAAGAUGGCUUCCUUUCUUGGACUUGAAAAUGAUUGA